GGGGGAGCCAGCCCAGGAGACACCCCCAGGCCCCCGCCGCUCCCGCGCCGCAGCCGGGCCCGCCACCCAGCUGUGUGUUUGGAGGCAUCUGUGCAUGAGGACAGAUUUGUUCUAUGGCCUCGGAGCUGGGUGCCAGGGAGGAUGGCAGCUGUACAGAGCUGGCGAAGCCCCUCUAUCUGCAAUGUCUGGAGAGAGCUCUGCGAUUGGAUCAGUUUCUACGACAGACAUCCACCAUCUUCAACAGGAGUAUAUCCAGUGAUGAAAGCGAGGAUGGAUUGGAUGACAAUCCUUUGCUGCCACAGUCUGGGGAUUCCCUGAUGCAAGUUAAGGAAGAGCCCCCAAAUUCAUUGCUUGGGGAAUCUUCUGGAGCAGGAAAUUCUGGGAUAUUAAACACACAUUCCCUCAAUGGAAUACUGCAGCCAGAGCCAAAGUCAGAAAAAGGGAGUUUGUAUAACUUUUCCAAACUGAAGAAAAGCAGAAAGUGGCUGAAGAGCAUCCUCCUGAGUGACGACUCCAGUGACACGGAUUCACCAAGUGAUGAGGAUGGAGAGGAGGAGGAGGAGUUUUCUCUUAGCCGUGAGGAGCUUCAUAAUAUGCUGCGAUUGCACAAGUAUAAGAAACUGCAUCAAAGUAAAUACAGCAAGGACAAAGAGUUGCAGCAAUACCAGUACUACAGUGCAGGGCUACUCUCCACACAUGAUCCCUACUAUGAACAACAGCGCCAUCUCCUAGGGCCCAAGAAAAAGAAGUUCAAAGAUGAAAAAAAAUUAAAAGCCAAGUUGAAAAAGGUGAAAAAAAAGAGGAGAAGGGAUGAAGAACUCUCUUCAGAAGAGUCACCAAGACGCCACCAUCACCAGACCAAAGUUUUUGCAAAGUUUUCUCAUGAUGCACCACCACCAGGGUCCAAGAAGAAGCACUUGACCAUCGAACAGCUGAAUGCCCGCCGACGGAAAGUGUGGCUUAGCAUUGUCAAAAAGGAGCUACCAAAGGCAUACAAGCAAAAAGCUUCAGCACGCAAUCUUUUCCUAACCAACAGCAAAAAGCUGGCCCAUCAGUGCAUGAGGGAGGUGCGGCGAGCUGCUAUCCAGGCUCAGAAGAACUGCAAGGAGACUCUACCACGGGCACGUCGCCUCACCAAGGAAAUGCUUCUCUACUGGAAGAAGUAUGAGAAGGUGGAAAAAGAGCACCGCAAACGAGCUGAGAAAGAGGCUUUGGAGCAGCGCAAGCUGGAUGAGGAGAUGAGAGAGGCUAAGAGACAACAGCGAAAACUUAAUUUCCUGAUCACCCAGACUGAGUUAUAUGCCCAUUUCAUGAGUCGCAAACGAGAUAUUGGACAUGAUGGAAUACAGGAAGAAAUCCUGCGCAAGCUGGAAGACAGCUCUACCCAAAGGCAGAUUGAUAUUGGUGGAGGGGUAGUGGUCAACAUUACCCAGGAGGAUUAUGAUAGUAACUACUACAAGGCCCAGGCUCUGAAGAACGCAGAAGAUGCUUACCAGAUUCACCAGGCCCGGACUAGGUCAUUUGAUGAAGAUGCAAAGGAGAGUCGGGCAGCUGCUCUACGGGCUGCUAACAAGUCUGGCACUGGCUUCGGAGAGAGCUACAGCCUAGCAAACCCAUCUAUCCGGGCUGGAGAGGACAUUCCACAGCCUACCAUUUUCAAUGGUAAACUGAAGGGGUACCAGUUGAAAGGCAUGAAUUGGCUGGCCAACCUGUAUGAGCAGGGCAUCAAUGGAAUUCUUGCAGAUGAAAUGGGCCUGGGUAAAACAGUCCAGAGUAUCGCUCUGCUAGCACAUCUGGCUGAGAGAGAGAACAUCUGGGGACCUUUUUUAAUUAUUUCACCUGCCUCUACACUCAACAACUGGCAUCAGGAGUUUGCCAGAUUCGUUCCUAGAUUUAAGGUGCUACCAUAUUGGGGAAAUCCCCAUGACAGAAAAGUGAUCAGGAAAUUCUGGAGUCAGAAGACGUUGUACACUCAGGAUGCACCUUUCCAUGUGGUGAUCACUAGUUAUCAGCUGGUGGUCCAGGAUGUGAAGUAUUUCCAGCGAGUGAAGUGGCAGUAUAUGGUGCUGGAUGAGGCACAGGCACUCAAGAGUAGCUCCAGUGUCCGCUGGAAAAUCCUACUACAAUUCCAAUGCCGAAAUCGACUUUUGUUGACUGGGACCCCCAUCCAGAACACCAUGGCUGAGCUGUGGGCUCUGCUGCACUUUAUCAUGCCAACGCUAUUUGAUUCACAUGAGGAGUUCAACGAAUGGUUUUCUAAGGACAUAGAGAGCCAUGCAGAGAACAAAUCUGCCAUUGAUGAGAACCAGCUGUCCCGCUUGCACAUGAUCCUGAAGCCUUUCAUGUUGAGAAGAAUCAAGAAGGAUGUGGAAAAUGAGCUGUCAGACAAGAUUGAGAUUCUCAUGUACUGCCAGCAGACCACCAGGCAGAAGCUGCUGUACCAAGCUCUAAAGAACAAAAUCUCUAUUGAUGACCUGCUGCAGUCCUCCAUGGGCACUACCCAACAAGCACAGAAUACCACUAGUAGCCUCAUGAAUCUAGUCAUGCAGUUCAGGAAGGUGUGUAAUCACCCAGAGCUGUUUGAACGACAAGAAACUUGGUCUCCAUUUCACGUCUCCCUAAAGCCAUACCAGAUUUCAAAAUUCAUCUACCGUCAUGGACAGAUCAGGGUCUUUAACCACUCGCGGGACAGGUGGUUACGGGUUUUACUUUCGCCAUUCGCUCCGGACCACAUCCAGCAGUCUCUCUUCCAUAGGAAGGGUGCCAAUGAAGAAAGUUGUUUUUCUUUCCUCCGGUUUAUUGAUGUCUCUCCAGCAGAAAUGGCAAACUUCAUGAAUCAGGGACAUUUAGCCAGAUGGUUAGCUCUUUUCCUGUCUCUGAAAGCCUCCUACAGGCUCCAUCACUUGCGCUCCUGGACAGAUCCAGAAGGGGAGCACCCACAGAGGACUCUGUGUCUGGGGAAUAAAGAUUUCUUGCUGGGAGUCAAUUUUCCACUCUCUCUUCCCAACCUGCACAGCUGCACUUUUCUGCAGAACCUUGUGUUCAGUAGCCACUGUAAAACAGUUACUGGCUAUUCAGACCAUGUCAUACAUCGAAGGAGAUCAGCUACCUCAUCGGUCCGGUGCUGCCAGGUCACUGAACUGCCAUCCUUCUUGUGCAUAGCCAGCCCACGGGUAAUAGCAGUGCCUCUGGAUUUCUACUGCAAUGAUAAAAGCGCAGAGUAUGAACAUAGGGCAUUUAAGGAAGGAGGAAGUCUUGAAACAAAGCAGUGUAUAUUGAAUGGGGCACCUGAACUAGCAGCUGAUUACCUGAAACGAUGUUCCCAGUUCUUCCCAGAGUAUCCGGGAGGGUUGUUGGGGGUCAGGCCUCAGAAUGGCUGGUCUUUCAUCAGGAUACCAGACAAAGAGAGCCUGAUCACGGACAGUGGGAAGCUUUAUGCUCUUGACCUUCUGUUGACACGGCUGAAAUCUCAAGGACACAGAGUUCUUAUCUACUCUCAGAUGACACGGAUGAUUGACUUGCUGGAGGAAUACAUGGUUUACAGGAAACAUACCUACAUGAGAUUGGAUGGUUCUUCGAAGAUCUCUGAGAGAAGGGACAUGGUAGCUGACUUUCAGAACAGGAAUGAUAUCUUUGUGUUCCUGUUAAGCACAAGAGCUGGAGGAUUGGGCAUUAACCUCACAGCUGCAGAUACGGUAAUUUUCUACGACAGUGACUGGAAUCCAACAGUGGACCAGCAGGCCAUGGACCGGGCACACAGACUGGGUCAGACGAAACAGGUCACUGUGUACCGGUUGAUCUGUAAAGGCACCAUUGAGGAGCGCAUCUUGCAGAGGGCAAAAGAGAAGAGUGAGAUCCAGCGGAUGGUGAUUUCAGGUGGCAAUUUCAAACCAGACACCUUGAAACCCAAAGAAGUGGUCAGCCUUCUGCUGGAUGAUGAGGAACUUGAGAAGAAAUUGCGUCAGCGUCAGGAGGAGAAGCGGCAGCAGGAGGAGACAAAUCGUGUGAAAGAACGUAAACGAAAGAGGGAGAAGUAUGCUGAAAAGAAGAAAAAGGAAGAUGAGUUGGAUGGCAAGAGAAGGAAAGAGGGCAUGAACCUGGUGAUCCCAUUUGUUCCGUCUGCUGAUAACUCCAACCUUUCUGCUGAUGGGGAUGACUCAUUCAUUAGCGUAGACUCUGCCAUGCCCAGCCCCUUCAGUGAGAUCUCCAUCAGCAGCGAGUUGCAUAUGGGGUCUAUCCCUCCUGAUGAAAGUAGCAGUGACAUGCUGGUGAUUGUGGAUGAUCCAGCCUCUUCAGCACCACAGUCAAGGGCCACAAACUCUCCUGCUUCCAUCACUGGCUCAGUCUCAGAUACCAUGAAUGGAAUUUCAAUCCAAGAUACACCGGUCACAGGGAGAGGUAAUUCAGGUAGAAGCCGGGGUCGCCCUAAAGGUUCAGGCAGUGGAUCCAAAGGCACAGGGAAAGGCCGGAGCCGGAAGUCAACAGCAGGAAGUGCAGCUGCAAUGGCAGGCGCCAAAGCAGGGGCGGCGGCGGCCUCUGCAGCAGCAUAUGCAGCAUACGGGUACAAUGUGUCGAAAGGUAUGUCUGCAAGCAGCCCUCUCCAGACAUCAAUAAUUCGGCCUGCUGGACUUGCAGACUUUGGACCUUCAAGCGCCUCUUCUCCUUUGAGUUCCCCCUUGAGCAAAGGCAACAGUGUUUGUGGGACCCCAAAAAGUUUAAAUGUGACCAGCACUAUGAUACCAGAAACCCCAGUUCGGAAACAAAGCAAAGGAGCCCACACCUCGGGUGGGCGGUAG